AUGGAACCCUCGUCUAUGGAGGAGGCUAUGGAAGAGCUGACCGGGGCGGCUGCUCCAAGGCUCCCGAAUGCAAGGCCCAAGAAAACAUCUGAAAACAAGGAUAGCUCUCAGAGUUCUGAGGCUCCUAGCUUUGCUCAGAUGUUGAAGAAGAACUUGCCAGUGCAGCCUUCUCCAACAACACUGGAUCUUCCUCUAGGAUAUGUAUCAGCAGAGGAGUACAGUAUGUCAAAUUUAACUUCCAGAGUUAGAGAAAUCACUGGUAACUUUCCAGAAACACUGCUUGCCAAAAUACGCCUGCCCAAGCCAAAUACUGUCCGUGCAAAGAAGAUUCCCAAGAAAUUCAUCAUGAAGUACAAAUGUGGGGAGAUCAAUCCAGUGUCGGCCCUCCAUCAGUUUGCGCAAAUGAAGCAUGUGAAACUUGACCUUAAGGAAACUGUAACAACAGGUAAUGUUAAGGGCUAUUUUGCCUUUUGUGCUGUGGUGAAUGGUAUUCAGUAUAAGACUGGACUGGGACAAAAUAAAAAAGAGUCUCGCUCCAAUGCGGCCAAGCUUGCCCUUGAUGAGCUUUUGCUGUUGGAGGAUCCUGAACCAAGUGAUGUAGGAACCUCAGCUCACUUGGCUUGACCAUUUUGGCCUGAAGUCCUU